AUCUGCUGCAGGGGCCGGCGGAGGCAGCCGCACCGCCUCCCGCCCCGGAGACCCAGGCCAGCCUCCGGGCCGCGCCGGCACCGCCCCCUGCUCCCGGACAGACUGCGCGGCCGGUCGGAGCUCGGGGGGCUUCGCGGCCCCGCGGCCCGCGCCCGCUACGCGUCCGCCCUCUGCCCGCAGCUCGGUCCAGCGCCGCCCGCCUCGCCGGGCCCGCGCCGGGAUGGGGUAGGGACAGCGCCACGGAGUCGGGCGAUGGGCCGCCCUCUGGGCACCGAGCAGCCUCCCGAGGCCUGAGCGACCGCGAGGACCGGCGGAGGAGCCCCGCCUGGAUGUCAAACGGAUGCCCCAGUGCCUCCCAGCGGACUCGGUGGGGACCAUGGCUUCGCUAAUGCCCCUCUCCCCAUAUCUAAGCCCCACUGUCCUCCUGCUGGUCAGUUGUGACCUGGGCUUUGUACGAGCAGACCGGCCUCCCUCUCCUGUGAAUGUGACAGUCACUCACCUCAGAGCCAACUCGGCCACUGUGUCUUGGGACGUCCCAGAAGGCAACAUCGUCAUUGGCUACUCCAUUUCCCAGCAACGACAGAAUGGACCGGGGCAACGUGUGAUCCGGGAGGUGAACACCACCACUCGGGCCUGUGCCCUCUGGGGCCUGGCUGAAGACAGUGACUACACAGUGCAGGUCAGGAGCAUCGGCCUUCGGGGAGAAAGCCCCCCAGGGCCGCGGGUGCACUUCCGGACUCUCAAGGGUUCUGACCGGCUACCCUCAAACAGCUCGAGCCCAGGUGACAUCACAGUGGAGGGUCUGGAUGGAGAGCGACCUCUGCAGACGGGGGAAGUGGUCAUCAUUGUGGUGGUGUUGCUCAUGUGGGCUGCUGUAAUUGGGCUAUUCUGCCGUCAGUAUGACAUCAUCAAGGACAAUGACUCCAACAAUAACCCCAAGGAGAAGGGGAAGGGACCGGAACAGAGUCCUCAGGGAAGGCCAGUGGGGACAAGACAGAAAAACUCACCAUCCAUCAACACCAUUGACGUAUGAGUGAAGAAACAGAACCAGAAGACAGAUGCACUAACAUCCUGGGGAUGGGGAUGGGGUCAGGGAGAGCCCAAGAUGGUGAUUUGCCCAAGACUGAAGGAUCCCACCGUCUCCCAGAGGGUAAUGACACUCCCACAAUCUCAGGCCUGGUAUCCAUUCUCUUUCCACUGUGAGCAGGGCCAGAAGGUAGGUCUGUUAGGGUCUGAGCCCCUGGACCUGGGGAGUGGAUAUCAGAUGGGAUAUGUCCUUCCAUCCCCCAGGUCCAGGAGAGAGUCACUUGUUCAACCCUAUCCCAUUAGGUCCCAAAUGGGGCCCCCAUUUCACCUGUGUCAGGACCCUUGGCAUCCCCAGCUGCCCCCACGUCUUGCCUCUGGGUCUCAGAGAGGAGUGUUUCUGUGGGUACUCCACCUCCCCCAGCAAAUAAAAGGAAUUGUCUGGGCCUGGAGGCAGAUGCUGCACUGCACUACUCCAAUGUCUUCCAUGGAGCCUCAGGUGCUCCCCCUCUCACCUGGCAGCCCCUUCAGCUGCUGGUGAUCUCACCCCUUGGACAUUUUUCCAAUAAAGUUUCUUGGACAAACUG